CUGGUAAAGAAAGGGAAAGGGUCUCGCAAUUCAGGAGAUCGAGAUCCAAAUAAAGAUCGAAAUGGCGCCACUGGGAUUGCCUCCAGGUUUUAGGUUUCAUCCCACCGAGGAAGAGCUUGUGAAUUACUAUCUCAAGAGAAAAAUUCAUGGACAAGAGAUUGAACUCGACAUCAUUCCCGAGGUUGAUCUCUACAAAUGUGAGCCUUGGGAGUUAGCAGAGAAAUCGUUUUUGCCUAGUAGAGAUCCAGAGUGGUACUUCUUUGGACCACGGGAUCGAAAGUAUCCGAAUGGGUUCAGAACGAAUAGAGCAACUCGAGCUGGGUACUGGAAAUCGACCGGGAAGGAUCGGAAGGUAACGUCCCAGAAUCGACCCAUUGGUAUGAAGAAGACACUGGUUUAUUACAGAGGAAGAGCUCCUCAGGGUAUUAGGACGGAUUGGGUAAUGCAUGAAUAUCGUCUCCAUGACAAUGAAUGCGAUCAUGACACUGCUGGAAUUCAGGUAGAUUUGUAUGCAUUGUGUCGUGUGUUCAAGAAAAAUGGAGUCUGCACUGAAAUAGAAGAACAAGGGCAAUGUAGCUCGGCGUUAAUCAAUAAUAAUCCUCAUAGCAUCAUGAUGAGUACCGAUUACGAGACCAUGUCGCCGGAUGUUCCUUUGGCAUCGUCCUCGUGCAUCGACGAAGAAGAUAAAGAUGAUUCAUGGAUGCAGUUCAUCACAGAGGAGGCAUGGUGUUCUUCCAACGUUUCCAUGGGUAACGAAGAGGUCUCGCAAGGGACGUUCACAAAUUAAACAGAAAUUAGAGGAUGGAUGGUCAUUAACAGAAAUUUUUCAUACAAAUAAGACAAAAUGUUUCAAAGAAUUACAAAUUUUUUGCUUUCUAUACCAUAUAUAGAUCAUGCAUCUCUAAUUGUACUUAGUUUGCUUAAUUAUCCCCAUUAUUAUGGCUAUGGCUUCUGUAAAAGCCAGUCAAUAUGCGGCUAAAGUAUUUAGGUUUAUACCUCUUUAUAUUUUGAGGUUACUGUGGAUUCUAAUUGUGGAAUAAGGCCGGGGCAUAAAUAUUGUUUUCUUUUUUUGGGUGGAGGUUGGGGUUA